UCAUUCUCGCUGUAGAACCCGCUCUGACACCGACCCAGAAACACCACCGACUCUGGCCAGGCUACAGCAUCUUUAACUAACCUGUCAGAAAAAGACAAAAAUCCAAAGAAGAAGAAGAAGAAGGAGAAGAAGAAGAAGAAGACAGCUGUUUACGUUUCUGCUCAGCUGGGAAGAGAGAGCGAGAGAGAGAGAGGGAGAGAGAGAGAGACACCUGCCGCUGCUCACCUGUCGCCGCCAUGACCGCGCUGCGAUUUUAGUGUUGGACAAAAAUCGAUAAGCGACAAAAGAGGGGAAAAAAACGAAAGAAAAGAAAAGUCAAAGGGACUAAUGGAUUCCCUGGAUUCAGGACAAAAGUUCCGUCCCAGACGGGACAAUGAGGUUGAGGAAGCAUUUCUGCAGGCUCCAGAUCCCAAGGACGUGGAGAAGAAGUCAUGCAACAAGAAGGGGGCAGGAAUAGGAGUCGCCUUGGUGAUUGGUGUUCUGGCUGUGAUUGCAUUGCUGGUCGGGCUGUUUUGCCAGCCCCAGCAUGUGAAAAUGAAGAGAAUUUAUAUCGGCUCCAUGGAAAUCAACGACAAGCAAUUCCUGCCACAGUAUGAGGAGCCCGGCAGUUCUGAGUUCACUAACCUGGCUGCUCAGGUCUGCAAACAGCUCAAACUGAUGUACUCCAAAAACUCAUUGCUGGACAGAUACUUCAACCAUUCGUCCGUUCAGGCCUUCAGUGAGGGCGACAGAGGGUCGAACACCAUUGUGGCUUAUUAUGAAUCAGAGUUUGAUGUCCCCCCACCCCAGCAAGCCUCGCUGGAUGAAGCCAUCGACUCUAUGCAGCCUCCAGCAGGAAGUCAGGAGGGCGGAAAAGGACGAUUCCUGCUGAAACCCACAGACGCCCUGAGUGUCAACGACAUCGUGACACAAGCUAUAGAUCCACGCUUGACCAAAACCAAGUUUUCAGAGAGGAAAAGCAUCGACGUCCACAUCGAAAACUCCGGGCACGUUGAGUCUCCGGGAUUUCCAAACUCUCCGUACCCUUCAAACGCCUACCUGCAGUGGAAGUUUCGGGCAGACCCGGAACACCGAAUCCAGCUCGACUUUGAUGACUUGAUCCUGGAGGACGACUGUCAGCGAGACUUCAUCAAAAUCUACGACUCGCUUGUCCCCAUAGAGAAACGCGCUAUGACAGAACAGUGUGGAUACCCUCACCAGCCGCUGUCCUUCAUCUCCUCUGGAAACGUCAUGCUGCUGAUGCUGGUCACUAAUGAGGAGAAAAACUUCCCCGGCUUCAGAGCAAACUACUCUCCGAUUCCUCAGACUACACUAAACUGUGGCGGCACGUUGACUGGCGAGAAAGGCUCCAUCUCUUCACCGUUCUUCCCGUCCAACUACCCUCCUCGCACCACAUGUGUGUGGAACAUCGAGGUUGCAAACAACAAAUUUCUGAAGGUUCUGUUCAACAAGUUCUCGCUGGGAAAUAAAACUGAAGGUUGCGGCCAUGAUUAUGUUGAGAUCAAUGAUGAAAGGCUGUGUGGCAGUGACUUGAAGAGCCCAGUGUUCACCAUCAACAGCAACAAGAUGACCAUUACAUUUAAGUCGGACUCCUCCUACGUUGAUCAGGGCUUCACUGCUGAGUACGAGGCCUUCACCCCGAACAAUCCUUGUCCAGGAAGGUUCACGUGCAGCAACAACCUGUGCAUCAAUAACACUCUGCGGUGUGACGGCUGGGGCGACUGUGGAGAUGACAGCGAUGAGAUCAACUGCAAGUGUGAUGCGUCUCAGAUACAGUGUAAAAAUGGUCACUGUAAACCAAAAUUUUGGCUGUGUGAUGGGGUGGACGACUGUGGAGACAACACGGACGAAGAAAACUGUGAAACAUGCAAAGGGCAGUUUUCCUGCAAAAAUGGCCGCUGUAUUGCAGAGAAUUUGAAGUGCAAUGGAAAAGAUGACUGCGGUGAUGCGUCUGAUGAGUCCAAAUGUGAAAAAUCUUUGGUGCUGCAGACAUGCUCAGAGUUCACCUUCCAAUGCAAAAACAAACUCUGCAUCAGUAAAAUGAACCCAGAGUGUGAUGGAGUGCAGGACUGUACCGACGACUCUGAUGAGGAUAACUGUGAUUCUCUCAGGCUAACCAAUGGGAGGCUCUUCUGGGUCUUCACGAGCAGAGUCAGACCAGCAAGUGGACCAUGAAGCGGGGCGUGAAGCGGAUCAUCGUUCACCCGGGCUACGACCCUGAGACCUACGAUAAUGAUAUCACUCUCAUGGAACUGGACAACAGCGUCACGCUCAACCAGAACAUCUGGCCCAUCUGCCUGCCCUCCCCCGCGCAUGACUUCCCAGUAGGAGAAGAGGCUUGGAUCACUGGCUGGGGAGCUACCAGGGAGGGAGGUUCCGGGGCGUCCGUACUGCAGAAGGCAGUAGUCCGGAUCAUCAACAGCACAGUGUGCAAGAGUCUCCUGACAGACCCGGUGACCGACAACAUGCUGUGUGCUGGAGUCCUCAAAGGAGGCGUGGAGGUGACUCUGGUGGACCCCUGUCUUUCACCAGCACCAAGGGGCGGGUCUUCCUGGCUGGUGUGACGAGCUGGGGCGAAGGCUGCGCUCGCAAGAACAAACCUGGCAUCUAUACCCAAGUUACCAAAUAUCGCAACUGGAUAAAAGAAAAUAGUGGAGUGUAGGAACAGGAACGUGCACAGGUUCUCUGGAUCACGGGUGUUUCUCUUGGAUUCACUGUGGAAUGCGAAGCACCAAAACGGCUCUGCAUGUAUUUUCUCUGCAGCACAUGCACAAAACUUUGCAACAUCCAACAUAAACUGUCUUGUUGAGAAUUGCGAGUUCCUAUCAGGACUUUACCCUUACAUCAGAACAUAUCCAUUCUCAUCCACUGCCUGUUUUUAUAUGGACUGCCUUGUUGUUUCCAGAGUGUAAAAGCUGCACUUUCAUCAUGUUAUUUUUGUAAGGAUAUUAAUCACCCAUCAGGUCUGCUCUUCUGUGCCCUGCUAAUUUGCACUGCUUCUGGUAAAUUGUGGUGGAAGUUUGUGACGCAUCCUGGUCCCACAUAUGUUCUUUGUGAAGGUGAGCUGGCUUGUAAAAAAUGGUGCUUGAAAUAUUCUCGGGGCUUAAUAGGAUAUUCAUAGUAGAAUAUUGUGAAUAUUCAUUGCUUACUUACAUUCAAAUUGCAAAUAUCUUCAAGGCUCAGGAUUUUUAUUUUAAUUAUAACAGAAUUACAAAUUUAACUGAUUUAGUUGAACAGGAUAAAGGCUUGAAGGUAAGGCCAAAUAAAUAUGAUCUCAUAAUAAAAGGUUUACUUUGGGGGCUCAGGGUUUUUUGUCAUUAGCUAACCCAGUUCUUCAAAUUCAUCUAGAAGUCUAAUUUAUUUAUUAGGGAGAAAAAGUUCUCUGUUAAUGUUAAUUAACUUUUAAAUUAACAUUUGAAGUAAAUAUAAUGAGAGGUGGCACUGGAAUAGAAUAGAAUAGAAUAGAAUAGAAUAGCACUUUACUGUUAUCGUACAUGUAUAACGAAAUUAUAGGUGCUCAAUGCCAACUGUGCAGUUUAGAGCACUGUGCCGCUACAUACGUCCGAAUGCUUCGACAUCUUGAACAUAAAGAGGUUCUUCUACAGGUGGAGUUUAUAUUGCAGCUACACAACAUUUAAUUGAGGAAUAAAUUUAAAAAUGUUCCAAAUAAGCAGUAAAAUGCUGUAAGUUUGGAAUUCAGAUGAAAACUUGAAAGAUAAAAGACAGCAAAAAUAAAUGCAUUCAAAAUUUUGAAUGAGGGGAUAAAAACUUUCAUCUACAAACUUUCAUCUAGAAACUUUGAUCUAAAGAAAAUGCUACAUCCAGAGUCAGCUUUCUGGGAACUCUGAUGUAUUUGUGUAUCAGAGGUGAGCUUUAACAGAAAAGGAGCUGACAGAACAAAACCUC